UGCUAACCAAAUGGUCAGCAAUUUGAAUCUACCAGGCUUUCCUUAGAAAUUCUAUGGGGCAGUUCUAUUCUGUCCCGUGGAGUGGCUGUGAGUUGUAAUUGACUCAAUAGCAAUGGGUUUAUUGUGGUAGGUUGUAGUCGAGGUCUUCGAGGCUGUAACACAGAAGCUGAGACAGCUCUUCCCCCAUGGAGGGCAAUAGCCCAAUCUCCCACUUCUACCUCUAAGGGCUUUCAGAGACUACAUUCCAUAACUUCCCAAAACCAUUCAUCCAGCCAAGUUUCAAGAACUCUUCAUUCUUUUGAAAAUGCAACCUGCAUUAUGAACAUAAUCAUACAUAACUUAGUAUUGUCACUUCUCUCCAGAGUAUAUAUUUGGGGAUCAUAAAAAGUAGCCAUGGCUCAAGUUCCAGUUAUCUAAGUACACCUAGUCUUUUGUUCAACAAUUUAUACACUAUGACAAAAUUCGGGCUUGGUUUUGGAGAUAAAAAGAGGAAUAAAAUACAGUUUUGGAAACCCUGGUAGGAUAGUGGUUAAGUGCUACAGCUACUAACCAAAGGAUCGGCAGUUCGAAUCCUCCAGACACUCCUUGGAAACUCUAUGGGGCAGUUCUACUCUGUCCUAUAGGGUCGCUAUGGGUCCGAAUUGACUUGACAGCACUGGGUUUGUUUUUUUUUGGUUUUUUAUUGCCUUCAAGAAUAUUACAGUUUAGUGAGCUUUCAAAGACAUUUCAAAACUCAGUUAGAAUAAUAAGAUUAAGCUUCUGUAUGUAAUUCUGUGAAAGAAAGACAAAGAACUCAAAGAAAUGAAAAGUUAUCAGAGCAUUCUUUCAAACUUUCAUUUUUAUGUCCAUCACAUGGUCCUCAAUCACCUAAGUGUGGCCAAAAAAGAAAGUUAUUCAAAUCACUGUCUCCUCAAAAGGAAGAAAAGCUGAAUUGAAAAUAUAAGGUGAUACACACAAUGUUAGAUACAUAAUAACUGAGCUCUUAAGACCAUAGCAUGGAACUGGUUUCCCAGCUGUGCCAAAAGGAAUAACAUCAAGGUCACCAGGAACACAUCUCAAAAAGAACAACUUUAUGGGCAUCAGUUGGAUUUCUUAUGAUCAAAGUGGCAAAGUAUGAGACAAGGAAAAUUCUAAUAUUUUAAUUCAUGACCUAUUUAUUAAUUCUUUCACAGAAAGGAACAAUUGAAUCCCAAAAUCAAUGGAAGAGAAAAAUUUUACCAAAGUGAAGGAGUUCAUACUUUUAGGGUUUACAGUCGAUUUGAGGUUACAGAGAGGGCUCUUUUUCAUCUUCCUCAUCAUUUAUGUCAUCAGUCUCUUAGGGAACAUCACCCUGAUUUCUCCGAUCUGUGCUGAUUCACGGAUCCACACACCCAUGUAUUUCUUCAUUGGGAACCUGUCAUUCCUGGAUCUCUGGUAUUCCACUGUCUACACCCCGAAGAUCCUAGUGACCUGCAUCUCUGAGGACAAAAGCAUCUCCUUUGUUGGCUGCCUGGCUCGGUUCCUCUUCUCUACUGGGCUGGGAUAUAGUGAGUGUUACUUGUUGGCUGCCGUGGCUUAUGACCGCUAUGUGGCCAUCUCCAAUCCCCUGAUUUAUUCCCAAGCUAUGUCCCUAAGGUUAUGUACCAGUCUUGUUGCAGCUUCAUACCUUGGUGGCUUUAUUAACUCAACCAUCAUCACCAGUGAAACAUUUACUCUGAACUUCUGUAGCAACAAUAUCAUUGAUGAUUUCUUCUGUGAUCUUCCCCUACUUGUGAAGUUGGCAUGUGAUGUAAAGGACGGUUAUCAGGCUGUGCUAUAUUUCUUACUUGCCACCAAUGUCAUUGCUCCCACUGUACUUAUUGUUGCCUCCUACCUCUUCAUCAUCGCUGCCAUCUUGAAGAUUCGCUCCACCCAAGGCCGCCUCAAGGCCUUCUCCACUUGUGGCUCUCACCUGACAGCUGUCACCUUGUAUUAUGGCUCCAUUCUCUUCAUUUACUCCAGGCCAACCACUAGCUAUACCCUUGAACGGGAUAAAUUGGUGUCAGUGCUCUGUACUGUGGUGUUUCCGGUGUUGAACCCCUUGAUCUAUAGCUUAAGGAAUAAAGAUGUCAAAUAUGCCCUGAAGAAAAUGUUAGACAGAGCAAAGUUUUCUUAAGUGAAAAUAAUUUGUAAGCAAUGGCUAUUUGUUAACAGUACGUCCAUUUCAUUGUUAUCAGCCUGUACUCUUAGAAAUCAAAAUUUAAAAGAGGAGCAAACAGAUAAAAAAUAAUCAAGUUAUGUAGA